UAUAGCUUAAUGUUUGCCGUGGUUUGCUGUCUUCGCCGCUUGGUUUGGCGGGCGGGCCUAUCUUUUGAAAUGUGUAACGUGCUUGAAACAUCAUGUUUACAAUAUUCGGUCUGACGGUCUUACAAUAACACUACCUACUAAAAAUUCGAAUGCUUUCAACAGUACCCUGGAGAUACAAAAAGGUUAAGUGUAGUUGUAAUAAUGAAUACUUCUCAACAUAUUCAUCAAAUAGAGGAUGUGCAGAUAUUGAAAGACAAAAUUUUAAAAAUAGACUCAAUUUUCACAUUGGUUGCUGAAAAGCAAAGAAAAAUAGCUGUCUUGGAAACUAAGUGUAAAAGAGCACAGCAGGACAAUAACAAAUUAGAAAGUCAAAAUCAUGAAUUACAUAGUGAGAUUGAAAGAAGAAAUAAGGACCAUGAACAGACAACAAAUGAAUAUCAGGCAAAAUUAUUGGAUGAGAUUCAAAAGUACCAUCUAUUGGAGGAUUCAGUAAAAAAAAUUAAGAACAAUAAUAAAAGGGUUAUUCAGAAGUACCAGAAAAUAUUUGCCAAGAAUAAAAAUCAUCUAAAUGCAACUAAGAAGAAAUAUGCUUUACACAUCAACCAGUUAAAAAGAACAAUUAAAUAUUUACGAAUCAAAUUGAAAAAAUAUGAUCUAGGAAAAGAAAACAAACAACCAUUAGUGGAAGAAUCUGCAGCCCAAACAGGUUGUAAGCAGCCUAUUCAAAUUUUGCAGAACCUUAUAAUAAAACCCCCUAACAAACAAGAAGAAGCAUAUGACAUUGAUCGUUUGUUAAAUGAGAUGACGGUUUUGCCGGAGUUGAUGAGGCCAUUUGAGGAGGAAGUAUGCCACAGAGAUGCCCAAACACAAACCACCAGAUCAAACGUAACUCGUCCUGUACAAACAGACUCUUUGACCACAGCACGAAAAGAAACUCAAACAUAUAUCAGAUCAAUUCACACUGAUGUUCAAUGUAAUUUAGAUAUUGAAGAAAAGAAAAAUAGUUCAUCAGAUACAAAGAAGUUAUUCAAAUCACAAUCAAUACAAACUGAUCUACCUAGUAAUAUCAAGAACACACAAACAAUGAACAUAAAACUAAGGACUUCGUCAGCACAAACCAAUUUUAUUGAAAAGAAAAUCACUAUGAAACAAGCUGUGGCCGCUCUAAAGAAAUCCCGUAAAACAUUUUCAAUAAGUAAUGGAGUGCUACUUCAUUAUAGCAAGAAUCCUACGACAUGUUUGCCUUCCACUAACGGCUCUACACUUGCUAAAGUCGUUUACCGCCGCUUGAAAAAAUAUAUAGAUAAUCAAUAUCUAAACGUGGAUUCAAAAAAGCAUCGCAGAUCAUCUAAUAUUUUAUGCAUGCCCAAACAGCUUGAAAGAAGUAGAGAGCUGAUGCAAUUGUGCCGAUCUAGCUUGGCUAACAUGGGUGCAAUAUCGGACACUGAGAGUUCGGGGUAUGAAAGUCGGGCGAUGCAGCGGGCGCGAUGUUUUGAGGAUUUGUUGAUGGAUGGUCAAAUGACUCCUUCAAGUCAGGAUUCUGGGGUUCUAAGCGAUAUGGAAGUUGUGAAAGACUGGAGAUCCGAAAAAGUGGGCGAUAUCAAUUCAAUCUUGAAUGAAAUGCUCGUCGAUGUGCCUAAUCUCAUCCAACCUUUUGAUAAUGAUAAUGAUUACGUUGAGGAUUUAUUAGAAGAUAAUAUUGUGUCUGUGCCUCAAGAUAAUCAUGCUAUACCUACUGAAAUUCGUACUGAAAUAAGGCAGGUAGAGAAACCAAGAAAAAGGCCCGUGAAUCGUAUGCAAAUGUUGAAAAGAGGAAUUAAAAAAUGUAAUCAAAUAAAUAUUUUUCGAACACCCAAAGUAGAUCAAGAACAAAUGCCACAAGUAAACAUACCUCAGUGUAAGAAUGCUACAGUACGGAAUACUGCAUUUGAAAAUAAACGGAAAUGCAUCGGUUCAAACAAAGUUGUGGUAACAGCUUCUGCUUUAAAGCUGGAUAUGGAUCAUACUUAUGCUGCACAAUAUAGUAUCAAUAAUAAACCAAAGAAAACCGCUAGCAAGCCAAAUAAUGUAAUAACAUCUCCGAUUUUACAGAAUUUCCAAAUUGAAGACAUUUGUUCAACCCCUAUGGAAAUUUGUCCUUACUUUGGCUCUUUGGACAUGUUGGAUGUUGCUGAAAAUGUAGUGACAAUUUCCGAGGCAUAUGAACCUACCACUUCUAAUAAUACCCAGACAUCUGAAAAGCUUGAGAAAUUUUAUAAAAUUGCAACUGGAAGUAGCAACUUAAAAGAAUCGCUUGUUCGGGUUGACUCACAAAUCAUCAAUUUGAGCAAUGAAACCUCCGUUGACGAGGUGCCCAACUGUGGUUUAGAACAGAAGAGACGAAAAUCCCAAUUACUGCAAAAUUCUCCAUUCAUUGAACAUGUUAAUGUGACUGAUAAAAAGGUUGAAGAAGUGUGUUUGCAAUGGGUAAAUCAAGAUCCUACGACACCAAAAUUGAACAAAAUUACUAUUGAUCAAGAAUUUCAACGAAUGAGAAAACGCUGUAUUAACUCUAGUUGUAAAACGGCUAAUAUCCUCCCCAAAGCUUCCAAGAAUGCAUGCGUGGAACCUGAAGAGAAAAGCGAUGCUUCCGAAUGCCCACAUGACAUUAUUGGUGAACCAAUUGAAAAACCUGAGAUGGUAAACAACAAAAGACAUAAAUCACCAUCGCUAAGUCCUCAAAGUAGCAUUAGCAUUCAUCAAAUGACAACAAGAAGCGCAAAAACUACAGAAUCGCCUAACACUCAAGAUGGUACAAGUGGGGAGAUCCAGCCAAGCUCGGUUAGUAACUGUGUUUUGAAAAGAAAAAGAGAACCAUCUUGUAAUGACCAAACUAAUGAAGAAACGAUUGAUACAAGUGAACACCAAAAUGAAUCAGAAGAUCAUAGUAAACUUGGCUGCAAUGAUGCAGACAUUAAUAUACAUAAGAAAGUGUCAUAUAGAACAAUCAAAACGGCCCUUGAUAGAUUUGUUUGGCUUAAGGGUAAUGCGCGUAUAUGUAAAUUGGAUGUUCAGCUAUUGAAAACUGUGAAAGCUUUUCAACUUAUCGAUUAUAUAAUACUAUACUUAAGCGCAGACAAAGGCGAAACCGAGAAGCCAAAGAGUACCACCACAAUGGAGCCUCUUCUUACAAUAAGGCAAAAAGUAAUUUUGGGAUUGUUAUUACGAAUUGAACGCGAAUUAAAUAGCGCAGACUACGUAACACUACUGAUAAGUAACAUAGAGAAACACUUACUUUUCAAUGUGAAGUUUAAACCGGAAUGCUUAGAGAACCUCUCUCGUUUCUACACGGCCCUGUGUCGUCUCAAACAGAAAAAACAUCGUGUGCGGGUUUUCCUUGCCGACCUUCUCUACCAUAAUCCAUCACAUAAAUUUGUCAUCAUCUACACGAUUGUAACAAGUUGGCUUAACGUUCUGCAGCCCUACAAAGAUGUUACAACAGAUGCUGGCUUUGAUCACGUUUUGGCCCAUAUUGCAAUGACCCAGCCGAAUCAACCUACCACAAACACAAACAUAGUUGGCUACAUACAUGAUAAUUGUAUAGGGGUUUUUAAGAACUUACUUGUGACUUAUUACAACUUUCCCAGGACUGAGUUUUGCGUUGACGACCUUACAAUGUCCCUCCUCGAGUCGUUCAUGUGCGGUGGCCACGUACAAUUUGAGACUGCAAUCUUGAUCCUAUGCGUUCACAGUUCAGCGCAGUGGACCUACGAAAAAGUUCAAUUAAUUGGAGAAUUGUGCAAAGUCAGUACAGAUGUGGAAGUGGUCCGCAAUUUGUUAAAAUUAAUUGCGAACAUCGCUAAGAAAAUAGAUACUGAUUACAAUGAUAAGAUUCGAAAAUUCCAGUCCGAAUUAUUUGCUCACUUGACCGUCACAAAUACAGCAAUGCAGUUGGAUGAUCUUAAACAUUUGUCUGAUAGUUCAUGAUACCUCAGUUACAUCUUAUAACAUAAAUACACUCUACAUCAAGUUAAAUGUUUAAAGCCAUUUAGAAUUAGUUUUGUUUUUUUAUGGAUUUUUAAAAAUAUUAUUUCGGAUGUGAUAUAGAAUAACGUUGUUUUGAGGCUUGAAACAUUUGUACAUUAAUAAAGCAGUUUUUGAAAUUCA